AACUCUGGCUAGCAAAAGUUAAGCGAUGAGUUAAAGUUCUAAAAGCGAUGAAUAACAAUGUUAAUAACCAAUUCUCAGUGUUGUUACCAUCAAAUAAAAUUGAUAAAAAAACAAAAUGCACACUAAAGUCAUUAUACCAAGAAAACACGAUCCAUAAUAAUCAAAAACUGAAUCAGAACCCUAAAUCAACGUCGACUUGCUAAACAAGUGACCGGUGGUUGUGGUGGUGUGGUGUACGUGCCAAUCGUAAUGUAUGUGAUGGACACCAAAAUAAAUGAUGUUAACGCGAUUAACCGGGAGCAGCAGUUCGAACGAUUAACAAAUGAUGAAGAUGUUAGUUUACUGCGACAGCCCAUGAGAACGGCCCUCAAUGGCUUUUUGGAAGCCAAAAGGGCGUACGAAAAUGGUACCGAUGAGGUCCGCCGUCUGCUCUUACAUGAAUGUUUUCUUCUUUACGAAUGUAAUGUGUGCCGCAAUAUCUUUCGCAGCUUGGUCAACUUCAUCAGUCACAAGCGCAACUACUGUAAGCGGCCGUUCGAGGGAAAUAACCGCUCCUUUUCGGAUUACAGCUCGAAUAUUAUUAUACAGUCAACAGAUAGACCUACUGAGCCAUGGUUCAAUAAGAGCCGCAGCACUGGUUCAUCGCCAAUACCAUCCAAAGUAUCGACACGUGAUCUAAGUAAAAUAAUUGAGCGUUUGAAAAAGGUGGAUGUAUCCGCUCAACCAGCAACCCAACAUCAUCCAACCGUACAGAAAUCAAAUGAUCACGAAUCGACUGAAGUACAGCCGCAUAAGUCCGAUGCAACAGCAAAUGAGGAACGCCACAAGGAUAAUAGUAGUGACCCAAUUUUACACUUGGAGUCAGUUCCAACAUCAUCACAAGCGGUCUAUCAAACGUUUAAACCCAUCAAUGCAUGUGAUAGUAUCAGAACUGAAGUCAACGAGGUGCAUAAUUUGUUGAGUAAUCGAAAUUCCAUGAUUGGGCCCGAUGGAAAAGCCGUUAUGAGCCAGUCAUUUUGCCUUGUGGAUGAUCCGUCCAAGGCUUUAGACUGCGAAGCAGAGGGGACAGCACUAUCACCGUUGAACGCCUUAGAAGAAAUAAAUCCAUUAGGCAGGCGAACACAUAUAAGUUGUGAUAUCUGCCAGAUCUCAUUUCAAACACAGAAAACUCUCAGUAUUCACAUUCAAAAGAAGCACAGCUCAUCUACAUAUGUUUUUCAAUGUCCUACCUGCUCUAUGACGUUCCUGCAGCCGGCAGCUGUCAUUCGUCAUUUGGCCAAUGAACACAAAAAACCUUUAAAACGCAUUCGUAAAAUGCGGGACUCUAUCCUAAGGAAACGUAUACAGAUUGGCAAUGUUCAAGCGAAAGGACCAAGUAGAGAGUUGAAGGGCCUACAGCUGGACUCGAUCAAGGAAAUGGCCAGUGCAAACGACAAAGGAGAUGUGGCAACGCGUCAGAACAGUAAACCCGUAUCAACUUGUAACUAUUGCCAGAAGACUUUCGAAAGAAGGGCAGCGUUUGCUACUCAUUUGGCAAACUGCCCAUCCAAGAAGCUAGCGAUUGCUAAAAACGAAGUACAAAGUAAGACACGUGUAGCUGCUAAAGAGGAAAUACACACCAAAUUAAGAAACCAAAAAAACACACCUUUAGUGAAAAAUGUAAAAGGAAAUGAAAGUAAUGGGAUUGAGACCAAAAAUGUCGAGCAAAAAGAAAUCAAAGGAGAGAAGGAUGGUGGAAUGGGGGAGGACUUCCAUGAUUAUAAAUCAGCAAAGAACCCGUAUUGCCACGUUAAAAUCAAGCAAGAACCGCCAGAGGAGGAAUUCAACUCCAGUUCCACACAAGCUACCAAUGGUUCAGACAUAAAUGCUUUGUUUGCCAAUCUGGAGAAUCAAACAUUUGGGGAAGGCCUACAGACUGUUUCGCUGGACCUGAUGGUUUCGACACAGUCCGAGGUAGGCCAAGAUGUUGGCGAAAUCGGUAAGAAAGAGGAGGAGAGCAGCAUAAAGAGUGAUCCUAUUAAGGCAGAACAUGGAGGCAAAGAGAAAGUGGAACAUGUGGGUGGGGAUCUCUCGAAAAAGAAAGCGAAAAGUUUUCGUACGGUGCCUGCCUCAAAGCAAUUGACUUGUCGCUGCAAGAUAUGCAAUAAGCAGUUCAAUGCUUUAAGUAAUCUACGAAGGCACAUCUCUAUGUUCCAUUAUCGUGCGCGUCGUUUCGGCUGCAAUUUAUGCGACUAUCGAGCCUUCAGGCGCUACGAUAUUGUCAACCAUCUGAGCUUUGUUCACAAAAUGCAGGGCGAACGUGAAUCAAUGGCAGUGCAAUUUGUCACGAUGCACGAUGUGCAGUAUUCCAAGGAUGAUGUUGAACACGAUAUUGUGGUAGUGAAUGAUGCAUUAGAGAAAUCAAGAAUUCAAGAGAACGGCAAUGUGAAGACCUACGAGAACAAGUGUAGACGUAAAAAACUUGAGACGGAGACGGAGAAGGACAAGGUGGAGGUGGAGGUGGAAAACGAAAAAACAUCACCUUCAUAUGAAGCCGUUGCACCUACAAAAUCAGAAGUUGCUCCGAAUGAUGUUGCCGAAACAAAUUUGCCCACUCCACUAAGAAAGAAACUGCGGAAAGCCUUAGCCCAGGAAGGUGACAAUUGCCAGAGACGCCCGAUCCGUAACCGCAUUAAAACGGUAAACAAUGACUUUGUUUAUGAUCUCUCAACUUUGAAAGAGGAGCCCAAAGAUCAAACUAUACGGCUGUCAUUGAAGAGACGUAACACAAUGGCAGUGAUCGAUAACAAACACGGCGUAAGCGCAGAACUGAUACCUUCAACUUUGCCCAUUAAAAGUAGCCCACACAGGCUUAGAACGGAGCCUCUAAUACCUGCAAACAAAGAUGUCCUUAAGGGCUAUGCCGCUCGUGUAUACCGCAACGUGGUACAGGAAGCGCUGGCAUCGCCCUCAACACUACCCGACCUACCAACUGAAAGGCCGCAGAUGAGGCCAAGACUGUCCUUGCCUAGCCGAAGUGAUAACAGUAGCACACCUGUCAUUGAGGCCACAGAGUUGGAAGUUGCGCGCCUAGAAUCGACUUUCUUCGACGAUUCAUUUCUUGAGAAAUUCGCGAAAAAAGCUAACCCCUCGUUCAAAAUGAAACCGUUAUUGGCACUGCAGCAUAGUCCACUCAAUUCUAUACUGCAAAAAUUCGAAAACAAUUCCCAGAAACAUCAGAACACCGAUGAGGCAAUUAUGAAUGCUACUUCGCUUGAGCAUAAUGGCACUGGUCUUUCCCCAGAGCGAUGUGCGACAUCACUCCUCGAGCCCAUCCCCAAUACUUUGCACACGUUAAGUGAAAACAUUCUUAAGGAAAUCGAUAGUUCUCCGCCAAAUGGUGCACGAAUCGUUGAAUCUUCGACGCCACCAUCUACACCGAGAAAAAGAAUAACCCUUAUGCAGAGACUUGCCGAGAAUAAGGCAAAGCGGUGUGAUCCCCUGCUGAGGAGUGCACUGGAAAACUAACGAUAAGCAAGAGCUUGUUAAAACUAACAGUAUAGAGCUAUAAGGCACAAGACUUGACUUUUGGUUUAGUAUUCAUUGGAAAGGUUAGUUAUAAGCUAGCCGCCCUUUAAGUGACAAAACCAUUCGUUUCUAAAUGCGACAUCCUUUAUCAAAUCCCUCAAAAUUUCCACAUUUGAAAAUUCCCCUUGGAUAUUUAAAUGUAGUAAUGUUUGUAUUCGACGAUGACAUUUGAAAACAUCUUGACAAGUGGCAAAAGAGGGAUUAUGAUUUAAAUGCUGUGGUGUACAGCAUUUAGGAUCGCACCGAUUGCGGUGGUUAUAAAUAUUUUUUCGUCAAUUUUAACUAUCACAUUUUCAUGUUCAUUAGACAAAAUCCUAUCUGUUGUUAUCUAUGUUUUGUGGCCUUUUACGAGGCGUUUAAAAUUUUGGGCAAUUUAAAAAUGAGAUGAUU